AUGGAGAACUCUGGUUCCUCCUCACCCCACGUGUGCAGGUGUGGGGGCGUGGCCGUGGACGUGGGUGAGGAGCGGGUGUUUGCUCCCCUGUUUGAGGAGGCGGUGCUGCAGUGCCGUUACUCCAGCGUGUCGGUGCAGACGGCGGUGGUGCAGUGGUGGUUUAAGUCGUUCUGCCGCGAGCGCACGGCGGACGCGUUCGGCUUCCCGCAGUCGCUGCUGCUCCCGCGCGCCGCACACCUGGACUGCGCCGACUCCGCCCGCACCGUACGCAUCAUCGCCUCCAUCCGAGGCUCCGCCUCCACCCUCACAGAGCACUACAGGGAGCGCGAGGACAUCAGCAUCAUCAACCAGAUGGACCUGAGGAUUGGCCGUCUGCAGUGGGGGGACAGCGGGGUGUACCAGUGUAAGGUGGUCAUUUCCGACGACCCGGAAGGAAAGAACGAGGCCCAGGUGGAGCUGCUGGUGCUGGGGAAGGCUGGGGCUCUGGAUGACUUCCUGCCUGGUUUUGAUCUGGACAUUAUGCCAGACUGGGUGUUUCUGGCCCUGGUCAUCCUGGGCGGGUGCUGCUGCCUCCUGCUGGUGGGGAUCUGCUGGUGCCAGUGCUGCCCUCACUCCUGCUGCUGCUACCUGCCCUGCUGCUGCUGCAGAAAGAGAUGCUGCUGCCCUCAGCACUUGUAUGAGGCUGGGAAGAGCACGAGGCCAGAGCCCUUCAUCAUUUCUGGGGUUCCCACCAUGUUACCCAUAACGCCCCCCUCCCUGAUCCAGCCCAAAACGGAGAAAGAUGUGACCGGAGCCAGCAGCCUGUCGGAGCUGAGCUGCUUCCCUGAUACCGACUCCAGCUCGCAGUCUGGGCAGCUGGGCCAGGGGACAACGCUCACCCCUCCUGUCCCUGACCUGUGGGUGGUGCCGGCCUCACAAGAGCAGGGCUCCCAGACACCCCCCCCUCAGGGCCGCCGGGCAGAGGAACCCAGCAGGUGGAAUCCACGCUCGGAGCACCUGCAGAGGAAGGCGGUCCCCCGCAGUGGGCGGGGCCAGGGACGGGGCCGGGGGAGGGGCCAGGGCCGGACUGGCUCCCUGGACGAGCUGGAGGAGUUUGCCCUGUCCUACACCCGUCUGUACCGCCGGGGGAGAGAGGCCAGGGGCACCCCCCCACAGCCCCCCCAAAGGAGGCAGAGCAGGGCCCCCACCCAGGAGACUGCCCUGACCGGGGGGCGAGAGGGGCGGGCCCAGGGUGACGGGCGGGGCGCCGGGGACACGCCCUCUAAAGUCGGAUCCGGGAAGAGCAGUGACUGUUACCUCAGCAUAUCGCCUAGCAACCAGCCCAAACACGGGGUCUCCACGCAACCCUACGCCGAGAUCACACGCCCUCCACGGAACCCCACACACACCCCCAAGGUGCGCAGAGAGGAACCAGGCAACCCCCGAAAGGCUAACCCCUUUCCGAAGAGAGACUCCCUCGUCGUGUGAACUCCUGGAAGAAAAGGGCACUGUCACUGGCACACAUACUCUCUCACACACACAUACUCUCUCUCUGACACAAACUACUGGAGGUGGGACAGUGAUGUCAUUCUAACGUUGGGAUCCUGACUCAGUGUCUCUGCCAGGCUCUGACAGUGUUCAUUUGUGUGACACACACACAAACACACACACACACACACACACAAACACACACGGGUCAGUUCGGGCCUUCUGCUGUCCACCCAGCCCUGUUGUCUCCCACUGAUUUGUCAGCGACAGAAGCCACAUGAUCAGCAGUUGCUUGUGUUUUCAAAUGCAGGAAAUGGUUCAGAUUUGAUGGCUCCAUGGCAAACGUUUUUAGAGAUUACAUAUUUAUUUUUACAUAUUCAGUAUAGUAUUAUUACUAUUGUUGUUGUUAUUAUUACCAAGAGUAAAGGGAAGUAUCUGCUGAUAUGUCUGACUGAUAGUCUUGUUUUUAGGUUUGGCAGCCAUUUUGAAGCUGUGCAAAAUGUGCUGUAUUGUAACUAUGGAAGCAGUCACACUCCAAAGCUGAGAUGCCUCAUAAACACUGUGGUUUUUGGGCUAGCAUCUAAAAAUAUCAGACUUUCAAAUCCCAUGAGGGAACAUUUUGAUUUAACUUUGUUUGGAACAUGUACUAACCAUUGUACACGUCUUAUAACAAAUGUUUUUGCAGUUCACGCUAACAGUGUUGUCUGAUUGUUUGAUGGGAGAUGUUGACCAAGAGUUAAAUGCCCAUUACUGGCUUGCCUUCAUGUGCAGGUGCUGUAUUGCUGCUUUAACUGUACAAUAAGUUUAUCGUUUCUGAUUUUUAAAAAAACAUGUUUAUGUUUCAGCAGCUAAGGACCUGCCUGACUCUUUGACUGUCAGUUCAAUGAUGUGUUUCUUUCUUAUUAUUUAGACUCAGAGAAUCUGAGGCAGGUCUACACUGGAGAUGUACCAGAUAAGAACAGAUUGCAUUUUAAAUGAAAUUAAACUUUGAUGAAACUUCCUA